GCCGCUCUGAAACCACCAACCCGAGAUGGAUGCGGAACCAAUGGCGACGGACCCGGUCGAAUCCUUCAAAUUCAAACCCUACACCCUCUCUCAAACCCUAACCGCCCACAAGCGCGGCGUCUCCUCCCUCAAGUUCUCCUCCGAUGGCCUCCUUCUCGCCUCCGCAUCUGCCGAUAAAACCCUCCGGACUUACUCUGUCUCCGCUGAUCACAUCCAAAACGGUAAUGAAGCCCACAACAGCGCUACCAUUCUCUCCCCUCUCCAGGAAUUUUCUGGCCACGAACAGGGUAUCUCCGACCUCGCCUUCUCUUCUGACUCCCGCUUCAUCGUCUCCGCCUCCGACGACAAGACCCUCCGCCUCUGGGACGUCAACACUGGCUCGCUCAUCAAGACACUCCAUGGCCACACUAAUUACGUCUUUUGUGUUAACUUUAAUCCGCAGUCGAAUAUGAUUGUUUCGGGGUCUUUUGAUGAGACCGUCCGUAUUUGGGACGUCAAGACUGGGAAGUGCUUGAAGGUUCUGCCUGCACAUUCUGAUCCUGUUACCGCUGUUGAUUUUAACAGGGAUGGGUCGAUGAUUGUUUCCAGCAGUUAUGAUGGGUUAUGCAGGAUUUGGGAUGCAGGGACGGGUCAUUGUAUGAAGACGCUGAUUGAUGAUGAGAAUCCUCCAGUAUCCUACGUCAAGUUCUCGCCCAAUGGGAAGUUUAUUCUUGUUGGGACUCUGGAUAAUGCUCUGAGACUGUGGAACUUUUCAACUGGGAAUUUCUUGAAAACAUACACUGGCCAUGUGAAUUCAAAGUACUGCAUUUCAUCCACCUUCUCUAUCACAAAUGGAAAGUAUAUCGUUAGUGGUUCGGAGGAUAAUUGCGUAUACUUGUGGGAACUUCAGUCCAGGAAGGUAGUACAGAAGUUGAAAGGUCACACUGAUACCGUAUUAUCUGUCUCCUGUCACCCUACUCAGAACAUGAUUGCAUCAGGUUCGCUUAGCAAUGACAAGAAUUUGAAGGUCUGGACUCAACAAACAGAAUAAUUACCUUCUAUUGUAGAAGUCUGUGCUGUUAUUGCAGCUUGAAUGCUGGUGUAGAUUUCGUGAGUAUGAUCAUUGAUGUUUGGCUGAAAUGAGCAUUAAUUCCUAAUCCACGCAAAUCCUGUGUGAAAUUUUAAUCUUGUAGGCUGCUAGCUUAGUUGAUUAAUGACUUUCAGUUCAGCCAGUGUAAUUGGAAAACUCAUUUAAGUUAAUAUGAGCUCAUAUUUUGUGUG